CGCCCCCCCCGGCCCUCGUUUGCUGUUGCCCGGGAGAGGACGCACACACGCACACAAGUAUCAGUGUCAUCGGGUGCACAAGAAUGUAGUCGCGGGGGUGUCAAAAUUUGUCUGGACCAAUGAGAAGCGUCGGUGGGGGCCGGGAAAGCAGCGAGGUGACACUUGACCCACAAAGAAACGUCCAGACGGUCGAGAAGGACCCGAACCCCAAAACUUCGCCACCGGACCGACCUGAGGAACACAUAGAACACCGCCCCCCCCCCCCACGUCCUCCCGUCCGGCGCCCCGCCCCCCCCCCCCCGAGCCGGCCCCACCUGAAGGAUCGAAGCAGGACGUCAUCGUCGGGUCACAUGCUGCCCCCCGUCGGAGGGUCGGGCCGCCGCCCCUUCAACCGGGCGAUGAUGCAGGGCACCGCCGAGUUGCUGGACGACGCGGGAAAACCGCCGGAACCUUCUGGAGAACCUUUGUGUGGGCCCGUCGUGGCUCAGGCUGAGAGUGAAGACUUUCAGGAGUUCAGCCCGACGCGCGUCCGCCGUUGCGGCUCGCGGCUCGACGUCGUCGUCGACGCGUUCAGGACAGAACCCAAACAAAGGAGUUGGGAUGAAGACGAAGAGGAAAAGGGCACAAUGAGAAGUCUGCGGGUCCGACGCACCGAUUGGCUGCAUUCGCCGGGCGACGUGACGAUGUCACAGGCUGACGUCAUCGCCCCGCCCCCUCAGUUUAAGGACUCGCCCGACGACGACGGCGACUCAUCGCAACGCUCCGGCGGCCGAUCUCAGCAAAGUGAAAGCGAGGAAGCCUCGUCCGCUUUUAGCUCCUCCUCCUCCUGGUUGGCUGAGCGGGAGUGUGGCUCCGCCCCCUCAAGCAGAGUCGUGUCGCUUUGUCCUUACUUGACGCACGUCAGCCAGCGCCACCUGCUGGACUGGAGGGCGAGCCCGCACAGCAACCGGGGCUUCCUCUUGCACGACCAACUGCGUCCCGUGACGGGUCGGUACCGAGAGGGUUGCGAGUACACCGUGUUGCAUCACAUCCACAGCGGCGCCUACGGAGACGUCGUGUGUGUGCGCGACUGCAACACGCGAUUCACGUGUGCCGCCAAGAAGGUCCCCGCCAGUCGCUUCCGCGAGGAGGAAGUGACGUCGUGGAGCCUGGCGUCGUCGCCGCGGGUGGUCCGCCUCUUUGGCGCCGUUCGGGAGGGUCCCCACGUGGUGCUCUUCAUGGACCUGAAGCCAGCCGGCCUGGCUCAGCUGCUGGCGGCGAGCGGCAGGCUGCCCCGAGACCUGGCCCUGCACUACCUGUGGCAAACGCUGGGGGCGCUGCAGCACCUGCACCGCAGGAAGGUGUUGCACCUGGAUGUCAAAGUGGACAACGUGCUGCUGUCAGCUGACCUCACCAACUCGUUCCUGUGCGACUUUGGACUUUCUCGCGUGCUGGACAAGAGCGAGCGCAGCACUCAAGGCAUGAUGGGAGCGGCGUCCUUGGCGGGCACCGAGACUCACAUGGCGCCCGAGGUGGCGCUGGGCGUGGCCGCGAGCGCCAAGGCGGACGUUUGGAGCGGCUGCUGCAUGCUGCUGCACAUGCUGAACGGGCGACAGCCGUGGCUGCGACGUUACGCGCCGCCGCUGUGCCUCCACAUCGUCACGCAGCCGGCGCCGCUGUGGGAGGUGCCGCCCGGCUGCGACCGCGCCACGCGCCGCAUCUUCCGCGCCGGACUGCGGAAGGAUCCCGACAGACGCGACUCGGCCGGACGGCUCCGCGGGAAAACCGCCGUCGCGCUCAAAGCUGUCGGCGGUCUGAGCGCCGCCUCGGUCCGGACGGCCCACGAAAAACUGUACGGGUCCCGGACCGCGCCCGCCGCCGACCGCUCUCCCGCGAUGCACUGGGUGAGCCCCUGGAGGACGAGGGCGGCCGACGAGGACGACCGGGACCCGGAGGAGGCCGACUCGCUCGCCCCGCAGUCGGCGGCCGCGGACGUUUACGUGGGAGAAGAGGACGGCCGCUACGAGGACUACGAGGGGGACUGCGAGGACUGCGAAGACGAGGAGGACGAGGAGGACGAGGAAGCGUCGGCACGAUACCUCCGAGCUCUGCUGGAGGUUUUCCCUCUGUUGCGGAGAGGCCGGCAGGCGGGCGGCGCUCGGGGGGGCUCCGACGGCCAGCUGGAGGAACUCCGAGAUGGCGCGGGCCUCAGGGCCGACACGCGGACCCCCACGCCCGAGCCGCGAGACGACCCCCCCUCCUGCUUCAGCAGCUCGUCACAGGCCUCGGAAAAGGACUCGGAGUGCUCGUCGGAUGACGUGAGCUCGGGGGUCCUCUCGUCCUGCGGGGGGCUCGUGGAGAGUUCAGCGUAUGCACGCGGGGCCCCCUCGCGCUGCUUUGAAGGUAAUGCUACAGAAUGUUACAUCGCCUUUGAUCAUGUGACAGCGCCGGGCGUGGACGUCCGGAUCGAGGACGCUCGGGGGGAGCGCGUGAGGAUUCGCGAACGUCAGCGAGUCCGAGUCGGGCACGUGGCCGUCGGAAUCGGCCGGCAGGUGACCAGUACGCUCGAGCCCCGCGAGACAUGCCGCCAACAGCGAAUAGCGCCAGUGAUUGACGCCCCCCUCAAAAAGUUGAUCGUUGCGUUGGUCGAGCAGCCCCAAAUGAGCCUCACAUGUCAGCGAGCGCCUUCACCUUGGAGACACUGGACAGGAAGUCGGUGUCCUUCCGGCGGGAGCUCCGCGAGUCGUCUUUCUGGCUUCGAUGCGUGGCCGCGCCCGACUGGUGUCCGCGUUGGACGUGGCGAGUUCGAGACGGCAAACUGGAAGUCCGACAAUGACCCGGACUCGGGACCGGCGAGGCGCGGCGUCUCGCUAGGCCGUCUGCAAACGCAGAGUCCGACAUUAACUGUCAGUAUGACAGCUCGUCGGCCACCCGCGCCUCACAGACGCUGGCCCGACCCGGCCGCUACGCACUUCUUUCAUCGAUACGACGAAAUCAACACAUUCGCUGAUUUUUAUUUGAAUUCUAUUUUCGGAACGGUGUGCCCACGUUAUCCUGGCUGCUCGGGUACUUCCGGGGAGUGCUCGGCACUCGGAUAUCUUGCACCAGUCUCGCAAGCGACAAGCUACAGCUGGCUAGCUAGUGCAGCUAAAUACUGCGCAGCCCACAGCCUUUCGAGCUGCGCGUCUACGGCGACGCUAAGCUAGCAGGGGGGGAAGUCGUCAUCGCAUUCCGUGCGUGUGGACGGCAAGAAAAGCAAAAGGGCAAGGAUGCCGGCACAUUGUAUGGCAUACUGUUGCGUACAACGCCGUACAAUCACAACAAAGUACCUGGGAAUUAUUUUGGGGGCUUUUUUUGAAAAAGCUUCUGUAUUGUCAGCGCACACGCUUACGUUGACAAAAAGUCAACCUGGUGAAAAACGUUACGACUUAAUUUCAAUGUCCACGCAUUGCCUUCGACCUCCCCAACGUGGGUUAGCCGAGCUGCCACAGCGCGCUGGCGUAUAGCGUCUUCAUAUCUGCAGUUGCAACUGCUCCUCUAAGUCACUAAUAAGCUACACUGUGACAAGUAUCGUUAUCACGUAACGAAGAUGAGGAGAAGACGGAGAAGCCAUGCUAACCGCUAAGCUAUCGUGAAAAGUAGUCGCGCAACCCUGGAAUAAGUUCUUGGGUCCUACAGUACACUUGUCACAGAAAUCUGCCUGGAGCAAACAGCGGACAGAAACCGACUCAACAGCAAAUUAUUAGGCGUCUAGAGAGAAAAUAAUACAACAGCUCCACAGUAAUCGCACGGAAAUGAUGGAGUGCGUUGGCGCACGUCAGCCAAGAGGAGGGCCCUUUAAGGUUGAAAGUAUAUGAUUAUAUAGUACAUCAAUAUUUAAAAUAUCAGCAAUGUUAUUUGUUUGUAUGCACAAUAGAGUGCUGAGUUUGGAUUUAGACUUUUGAGAUCUGCACAAUAAAUGUUUAUCUUCAUCCUUCUA